GUUAGCGAGUGACUAGCGUCUCUAUGGUUUACCAGCUAAGCUAGGACGUCUAAGUUUAACCGUGUGAUCUCGGCGUAACAAGAGCAGGUUCUUCUGCUCAACAGUCAACCUGUCGUCACCUACACCUGGUUCACCUAAGAAAGGACGUAUUCAAGGUAGUAUACACAAGUACAUGAGCUGGAACUCUUGUGAAGAGUCACUUGUUUCAGGUUUAAAGGCGACAUCUAGUCUAUCUUUAUUUAUUAUAAGUAUCUCAUAGCCAUUAUUGUUGUCUAUCGUUCUUGUAGUUUGUUGUGCUGGUCUGUUCAUGUUCUGGUCUCUGGAAAGAUCCUGGAGACUUCUGUUGGAAUAGACACAAUAUAAAUAAAAUUGAAUUGAAUUGAAUUUAAUUUAAUUGAAUAUCCUGGACAAAGACACUUCACUUUUGGUGACUUUGACUUUGGACACUUUUGGUUUGUGAACAGCUGUUUUGAAGCCCGUUUUCUCCAUACGAGGUGCAGCAAUCGAACCUGGGGAGCCGAUGGGAACAGAUCGAGGGUUUGAGUCCCAGCUCCCUCAGAGUUCUACAGGAUGGGGUACCAGGACCAUGGUGGUACCAGGACCAUGGUGGUACCAGGACCACGGAGCGGGGUACCAGGACCAUGGUGGUACCAGGACCAUGGAUCGGGGUACCAGGACCAUGGUGGUACCAGGACCACGGUGCAACUGCAGGCGCUGAACCAGCAGCUCCAGCAGAUUCUGACUCACCUGUUUGUGUUCAGGCCAACACCCCCAGGGCCACAGAACCAAGCGGCCCCCCGGGCCGCCCCCCCGACUGCCUCCUCCGGCCCCCCGGCGCCCCCCCCACCUCCAGGACCUCCCCCACCCCCUUCUGGCGCAAGUCCACCCGGGCCUCCACCCCCUCCUUCUGGAGGCGGUGGGGGGCCGCCACCUCCCCCACCCCCACCUCCACCUCCCCCUGCUGGAGGAGGAGGUGGAGGAGGCGGAGGUGGUGGAGGCAACAACCUCGCCGCGGCUCUGGCAGCAGCUAAACUCAAAAAAGCAGCGAAGGAGGACGGCGGAGCGGCGGCUCCGGCCCCCAAACCAGCACCCUCCUCCGGCGGGGGGGGAGGAGGAGGAGGCCUGAUGGGAGAAAUGAGCGCCAUCCUGGCCCGGAGGAAGAAAAUGACCCUGGAACCGGCCGCCCCCCCGAAGGAGGACACCGCCACCGAACCGGACUCUUCAAAGUCGGCGGGACCAGCAGACGUGAACCCGCUGAAGGACAGAUCUGCCUCCCUACCGAGCAAACCCAAGUUCAGCAGCAGCAGUUCCAGCCCUGGGGGAAACGCUCCGUCCUCCAGGAUGAAGGUGGUGAAGAAAAACUCUGAAGACGCUGAAGCUGCUGCUGAUCUGGAACUGAUCAAGAAGGGAAUCAUCGAAGAAGUGAAGAAAGAAAUGCACAAAGUGAAGGAAGAGAUUAUUACAGCUCUGAUUCAGGAGCUGCAGAAGUCGAACCUGCAACCUGAGAACUGAUGAAGACUCUGGAUGAAGAUGAUUCAUCCACAGCUCAGGAAACCACUUUUACAGAUUCAGUUUUAGGUUUUUAGGAUCUGUGGAUUCGUGGACUCGUCCUCAGUCUUGUGACUCAUUUCUUCCUGAUGAUUUGAAAUGAUUUGAUGCAGUUAAACUCAGUGAAACUCAGUGAAACUCAGGGAUCAUAAAAGCUUAGAAAUGUCUCGUCUCUCCUCAUUAAUUUCCAUGGAAACACGUCUGUAAUUUAUCUGCUGUCAAACAUCAUAGAAUAAAGCUUGUUGAAAAUG